AUGUCAAGUUUUCACAAGACUUCUGAUUCUCGAUAUAGCAUUAUUGGAACCAAGUUAAAAAACAAUUUACCCUUUAUAUCAUCUGGUAUUCCUUCUUUGGAUCAUAUAAUUGGAGGAGGAUUGCCUACAGGGGCUCUCUUUGCUAUUGAAGAAGAUGUUUUGGGCAGUUAUAGCAGAGUUUUAACUAAAUACUUUUUAGCUGAAGGCAUCAUUUGUAAGCAUGCUCUCUUUAUUGCUUCAGCAGAUGAAGAUCCUUGUGAAAUUGUCAAUGAAUUACCACAAGCAUGCACAGAUCCUGCAAUAGAUGCAGUUCCAAACGAUAGAAAUGUUGAAAUGAAAAUAGCCUGGAGGUAUGAGGGCCUUGGCCAGGUGGAAUCAUCUUUUGGUAGCAAUUCAACAUUUGGUCAUAAUUUUGAUUUAAGCAAGCAUAUUGAUAAGGAAACUAUACAAAAAAGUGAUGUCACAUAUUGCUUUCUUAAUGAUGAUAAUAAUAUAGAAUUCGAAAAACAAAUUGGUUUCAAAAAUUAUAUGUUUUACAAGUUAUUAAUGAAAAUCAAAGAUAUUGUGUCAAAAAGUGAAUUUCAAACAAGUAAUAAAAACAAAAAUAUAUUACGUAUAAGUAUACAGUCAUUAGGUUCACCAGUUUGGAUGGCACUUGACUGUGACGUAGAACCUGUGGACAGUAGCUAUGGGCAAGAUUUGAUAAAAUUUUUGUACUGCCUGAGAGUCAUCCUCAAAGAUACGUUAGCUGUUGCUUUUAUAACCAUCCCUUCCCAUUUAUUUGAUGAUGAUCUUUUUAUGUCUAGAAUUCUAUAUUCUGUUGACAAUGCGGUCCGAAUUGAAUCGUUUGCUGGCUCCAGCCGUGAAACCAAUCCAGUUUAUAGUGACUAUCACGGCUUGUUUCAUGUAACAAAGCUGUCAGCUAUUUAUACACUUGUACCCUUUGUUCCGCCCAGUCUAGAUAUGGCAUUCAAGUUGAGAAGGAAAAAGUUCGUUAUUGAAAAGCUUCACUUACCACCAGAACUACAAGAGUCUAGUGAACGGGAACAAGACGACAUUACAGCAGUACCUAAGACAGUUAGCUGUGGAGGAUUUAGAAAGAAAGAUAUUGAAUUUUAA